AGACCUGUUAUAUGUUAAUUUGAGAAGGGGUUGGGUCAGGACGAUGCUUUAAAAUCAAUCAGCACUAAGUCACCUGUCACUGUGCAUUUUCCUGUCUUUACAUCUACUAUUUUAAGAGAGAAAGUUCUGGAAAGAUGACAGCCGACGUGAAAAAAACUGUUUAUAAGGGAGUGGACCUCCACUGUCAGACCAACAACACCGAACACCACACCAGUGAAAUCUCUGUGGAUCGGCUGAUUGUGAGGCGAGGCCAGCCCUUCACCCUGACCCUAAAACUGACGCAAUGUUUCAACCCGGACCUUUACCCGCUCAACAUCGUCGCAAUGACAGGAAAACACCCAUCCGAUGUUCGGGGGACGAUGUCAUUCUUCAGUGUCCCAGACAGAGUGCAGGGUUCACCAUCAGCAAAGGCAGUGUGGAAGAUAGCGCUUCACAAGAGUUCCACCCCACUAACAGGCCUCUUGAACCUGACCAUUACGCCCCCGGCCGACACCCCCAUAGGGGAGUACUUGAUGUAUGUGACGCACAGGGAUGAGAAAAUGUUACUGGCAACGCCGGUGGUGCUCUUCAACCCCUGGUGUCCUGAUGACUGGGUGUUUCUGUCUGAUGGGGAGCAGAGGCAGGAGUAUGUAAUGAAUGAACAAGGAAUCAUCUACCAAGGAAGUGGCAGCUACAUCUCCCCUAUGAACUGGGACUACGGACAGUUUGAAGACAACAUGGUGGACAUUUGUUUGAAGAUGUUGGACAUGAACAACAAACACUUGAAUGACCCAGCUGACGAUGUUUCUGCGCGCUGUAACCCCAUCUACGUCAGCCGUGUGGUCAGCGCCAUGGUCAACUGUAAUGACGACCGUGGUGUCCUGCUGGGACGCUGGGAAGGUUCAUUUUGCGACGGGGUCCCACCCUUUCAGUGGAAUGGCAGUCAUGCCAUUCUUAAGCAGUGGAUAAAUACUGACUGCAGCCCGGUCAAGUACGGGCAGUGCUGGGUGUUCGCCGGUGUGAUGUGCUCAGUAAUGCGCCUGCUGGGCAUCCCCUGCCGUGUGGUCACCAACUUCGAGUCAGCCCACGACAACAACAGCAAUCUGAUCAUCGACGUGUACCACGCCGACUACGGAGUGAGAGAGAAAGAAUCCCCUGACAGUAUUUGGAACUUCCACGUGUGGGUGGAGGGGUGGAUGAGGCGGCCAGACCUGGCAAAAGACGGCAAAUAUGACGGCUGGCAAGUUUUGGACCCAACACCACAGGAGAAGAGCGAUGGUGUAUACUGCUGCGGUCCUGCCUCGGUCACAGGCAUUCUUAACGGAGACACAGACCUGAAAUAUGAUGUACCAUUUGUCUUUGCAGAGGUCAAUGCCGACUGUAUUGACUGGCUGAUCAAAGCUGAUGGUUCAAAAGUGAAUAUCUUGUCUGAUACUAAACGAGUUGGUCAGAAUAUCUCCACCAAGUCUGUUGGCUCCAACAAGAGGAUGGACAUCACCAACUCUUACAAAUACAGAGAGGGAUCAGAGAAGGAGAGGUCUGUCUUCAAAUACGCUGUCACCAGACUCUCCCCCAAUGUAAAGCCAGUCGAGAGUGGACCGAUAAAGGUGAAUGAUGAAAUAACCCCAGACUGCAUCACUCCACUGCCGCAAGUGUCCAUACGAUUUGAAGAGGUGUCCAAACCGAUGAACGGCAGGGAUGUGAGCCUAAAGCUGGUGCUGGGCACUGUGGGCAAUGCUGCCAGGCCGCUGUCUAUCAACAUCAGUGUCCAAGCCAUGAGGCACAACGGCUCACCAGCUGUGACCAUUCAGACUGAGGUGAAAAAGGAGACACUGCAGCCUGGGAGAGAUCUAUCCAUCCCUAUCCUGGUCCCAUUCUUGGCUUACAAUAAACACAUGGUGAAGUGUGAAAGCAUGAAGGUUUCAGUCAUGGUCACGGACAAACAGAAGCCAAAUAACAUAUACCUGGCUGCGCAGGACAUUGUGCUGCUUAACCCUCCCAUCUCCAUCACCGUCAGUAGAAAACCUCUGUCUCUCUGUCUAUCUAUCUAUCACCUGUCAUCAGACUUUGUUCAGGUGUCUGUUACACUAGUUAAAAGCUGUUAUUAUUCACUUGAUGUUGGACCCUCACUGAACUUCCACGUGUGGGUGGAGGGGUGGAUGAGGCGGCCAGACCUGGCAAAAGACGGCAAAUAUGACGGCUGGCAAGUUUUGGACCCAACACCACAGGAGAAGAGCGAUGGUGUAUACUGCUGCGGUCCUGCCUCGGUCACAGGCAUUCUUAACGGAGACACAGACCUGAAAUAUGAUGUACCAUUUGUCUUUGCAGAGGUCAAUGCCGACUGUAUUGACUGGCUGAUCAAAGCUGAUGGUUCAAAAGUGAAUAUCUUGUCUGAUACUAAACGAGUUGGUCAGAAUAUCUCCACCAAGUCUGUUGGCUCCAACAAGAGGAUGGACAUCACCAACUCUUACAAAUACAGAGAGGGAUCAGAGAAGGAGAGGUCUGUCUUCAAAUACGCUGUCACCAGACUCUCCCCCAAUGUAAAGCCAGUCGAGAGUGGACCGAUAAAGGUGAAUGAUGAAAUAACCCCAGACUGCAUCACUCCACUGCCGCAAGUGUCCAUACGAUUUGAAGAGGUGUCCAAACCGAUGAACGGCAGGGAUGUGAGCCUAAAGCUGGUGCUGGGCACUGUGGGCAAUGCUGCCAGGCCGCUGUCUAUCAACAUCAGUGUCCAAGCCAUGAGGCACAACGGCUCACCAGCUGUGACCAUUCAGACUGAGGUGAAAAAGGAGACACUGCAGCCUGGGAGAGAUCUAUCCAUCCCUAUCCUGGUCCCAUUCUUGGCUUACAAUAAACACAUGGUGAAGUGUGAAAGCAUGAAGGUUUCAGUCAUGGUCACGGACAAACAGAAGCCAAAUAACAUAUACCUGGCUGCGCAGGACAUUGUGCUGCUUAACCCUCCCAUCUCCAUCACCGUGUCCAGUCCAACCAGAUUGAACUGUGAGGCAUCUGGGGAAGUGGUUUUUAUGAACCCAGUUGACGAGACGCUGAAGGACUGCACCCUGACUCUAACUGGAAGUGGCCUUUUGAAAGAGGAGAUUGUAAAAACGUUUCCAGAUCUGAAGCCAAACAACCGAAUACACGUCAAGUUCUUCUUUGUUCCCAACAAGAUUGGCGACAAGACUCUGGUGGCCAACUUCGACUGCUCCACUUUCAGACACAUCAAGGGUAGCUGCAGUGUCAAUGUCAGGCUGUAAAUUAAUAAUAAAGAGUCAUGGUUUUCACUUUCUGUAAUAAAACAUCAAAAAGCAAAAGUCCUCAGAUAGGGAACCUUGGGACAAAAUCAUACCAAAUAAUUAUUUCUGAGUAAAAUCACUUCAUUGUUACUUUUGGUCUUUUAAUGAGAUUUACCUGCAAGACGAAAAAUAUAGAAUAUCACCAAACUAAUCCUGUAAGUGACAAAAGGACGGCACUUUAGGAGUGAUGCUCUCCAUUUCCUUCAUCCCUACAGAGUCAUGGAAAUAGUGAAUUUGGCUAAGCUGAUGUUAGCAAGAAACAUGAGUCAGACGAUCAUACAGAUUGGAAACAAACCUCCAGGUUAGCCAAAUUUAGACAAGAAAAGCAAACAGUAAAAUUGUUAGCCAAACUGUCCGUUGUAAACACUCAAAACACUUCCUGCUUGGACUUUGACCUCUUCUGCUUACUGUACUUAUGCACAGUUUUUCUGUCCACUAAGAGAUUAUUACGAACAUUUCAGGCGCACGUUCUGUUUUGCUUUCAAAUAAAGUGGUUUAGAUAAUCUGGAUUAUAUCUGGAUAUAAUAUGGUGCGUUUACAACCUCUCUGGUCGUCUGACUGCUCAUGUUUGUUGCCAUGUUGGAUCUGCUGAGUAUCAGACAACACUGUAUUUGCUAAAAGAAAUAAGACUAUAUUUUGAGGCACUGAUUGAAUAGUGAGGCUGUUAAUAGUUGUGGCAGUUUCUUUAAGAACUGAGUUAGAGACCAUCUGACACUGAAUCUGGGACCGAUGACUUUUAUAGAUUGUCUUCAGAAUCUUUAUCAAUAAUAAGUGAUCCAUCCCAAAGAUAUCCAGUGGAAUCAGGAUAUUUUUCAUUUGAAUAAAAAAAUUAUUCCUACCUGACACUUCACAAAUAUCUCCAUAGUUAUGAUGCUGCACCACAAGCUCUAUAUUGUUGAGAAUUAUUUUAGAGCAUUAUA